UUCGCCGGGGAUCCAAGUUUGCUAUUUUGGUCGUUCUUUUUUGUCUACUGCUUGCUUGAUUCAGCUUCAGGAGGGGAAGAAUGGCGAAUUCUUCGUCGGAGGUGGUGCCGGCGACGCCAUUGCUCAAGGACGACCUCGACAUCGUUAUCCCGACGAUCAGGAACUUGGACUUCCUGGAGAUGUGGCGGCCCUUCUUCCAGCCCUACCACCUCAUCAUCGUGCAGGACGGAGACCCGAACAAGACGAUCAAGGUACCGGAGGGCUUCGACUAUGAGCUGUACAACCGCAACGACAUCAACCGCAUUCUCGGCCCCAAGGCGAACUGCAUCUCCUUCAAGGACUCCGCCUGUCGCUGUUUCGGCUAUAUGGUUUCCAAGAAGAAGUACAUUUACACCAUCGAUGACGACUGCUUCGUUGCUAAAGAUCCAUCGGGCAAGGAGAUCAAUGCACUCAAGCAGCAUAUUCAGAAUCUCCUGAGCCCUUCAACUCCCUUCUUCUUCAACACCUUGUACGAUCCCUAUCGCGAAGGUGCUGACUUUGUUCGUGGAUAUCCUUUCAGCCUUCGCGAAGGUGCUCGAACUGCUGUUUCUCAUGGCCUCUGGCUCAACAUUCCUGACUAUGAUGCCCCCACUCAGCUUGUCAAGCCCCUCGAGAGGAACCAAAGGUAUGUCGAUGCAGUUCUUACAAUACCAAAGGGCACUUUGUUUCCUAUGUGUGGCAUGAACUUGGGCUUUGAUCGCGAACUCAUUGGACCUGCAAUGUACUUUGGGCUUAUGGGCGAUGGCCAGCCUAUUGGACGGUACGAUGAUAUGUGGGCUGGGUGGUGUGUCAAGGUCAUUUGUGAUCACUUGGGAUUGGGAGUUAAGACUGGCUUACCCUAUAUCUGGCAUAGCAAGGCCAGCAACCCUUUUGUGAACCUGAAAAAGGAAUACAAUGGAAUCUUCUGGCAAGAAGAGAUCAUCCCGUUCUUCCAGUCUGCUGUUCUUUCCAAGGACUCCACAACUGUGCAGAAAUGCUACAUUGAGCUCUCAAAGCAGGUGAAUGAGAAGCUGGGGAAGAUAGACCCCUACUUUAACAAGCUUGCAGAUGCCAUGGUGACAUGGAUCGAAGCUUGGGAUGAGCUCAAUCCGCCAAAAGUAGCCGCCGGAGUGACCAAUGGCCCAACCAAGGCAAAGUAGAUUGCACAACUAUAAUUUCAGUUUCUUCCUUAUGUUGCAGUUUGAUGUUCUUGAUAUUCAGUGUUCUUUUCUCACUCAAUUUUAUGCUUGUGUUGCAACGACUUUCUUUUAUUAAAAAGGUUUCAAAGAUCAAUAA